AUGGGACCUAGGGCUCCCCAAGUCAAAUGCACCCUAGAUCAGUUUACUCAACAACACCCUCUGACCUUUGAUGGCAAGUCACAAUUGCUAGAUGCUGAAAGGUGGAUCAAGAAGAUGGAAAAGAUCUUUCAGGCGCUUUUCUGUACUGACGAUCAGAAGGAACUCGGUGAAGGAGUACCCAUCACCUGGGGUCGCAUCAAGCAAGCCUUUUUAGAUCGUUUCUUCUCCCAAGAAUUUCAGGAGGCAAGAGCCAGACAAUUUGAUGAAUUAGUUCAAGGGACAAUGAAUAUCGAGCGUUAUGCUGCAAUAUUUGUGGAGCUAUCUCGUUUCGCAAGUUACUUGAUUCCAGAUGAAGUGAAGAAGGCAGCAAAGUUCGAGCGAGGACUACAUCCGAGAAUUCAGAGUUGCUUAAUACCACUUAGGAUCCGUAAUUUCACCGACUUGGUCACUCGAGCCACUCUUGUAGAAGAAGAUAUGAGGGCGAAUGCAGAGCUUUUCAAUAAGAAGAAACUCGAUGAAGGAGUACCCAUCACCUGGGGUUGCUUCAAGCUGGUGUUUUUAGAUCGUUUAUUCUCCCAGGAACUUCAAGAGGCAAGAGCCAGAUAG